GCGUGGUUUGACCUCAUUUGCAUCGAAAUGGGUGUGGUCUGCGCUCAUUUGCAUACAAAAGGGGCGUGGCCAGCGGGGCGGCCUAUAUCGAGGGCAGCGCUGGGCCGCCCCAUCCCCAGUGCGCCAGCGGGAUCCGAGCGCUGCGGGCGGCGGGGGUCGGAGGAACCGGGAGCGAAGGUCCGAGGGGGGGAAGGUCCGAGGGGCGAAGUUCUCGGUGGCGAAGUUCUCGGUGGUCCCACGCUCAGCCGCCUCAACCCACCCCCCCGAGCCCGACCACCCCCCCCCCAGCAUGAAAGCCAUCAGCCCGGUGCGGUCGGUCAGGAGCUGCUACGAGGCCGUCUGCUGCCUCUCGGAGCAGAGUUUGGCCAUCGCCCGCAGCAGCAACAACAAGAGCCCGGCGCUGGAAGAACCCAUGAACCUGCUGUACGACAUGAACGACUGCUAUUCCAAAUUGCGGGAGUUGGUGCCGGGCAUCCCGCAGGGCACCAAGCUGAGCCAGGUGGAGAUCCUCCAGCAUGUCAUCGAUUACAUCUUCGACCUGCAGAUCGUGCUGGAGGAGGGGGCCAAGGGGCGCGACCCUUCCUCGGAGGCCACCCUGCUGUCCCUUAAGGCGGCCGAGCUGGCUUCCGAGCUGUGCUCCAAAGACGAGAGAAGUUUGUGUCACUAACGCCUCCUCCAUCAGUGCCAAUUAGCAAACACGCACCGACCGUCGGUUCCCGAUUCGUUAUCAGCCGGAGGUAACGAGCCGCUUCCUGCACGGCGCCGGGCGGCUGCGGCCCCCCCCGGCCCCCUCCCACCUCGUGCUGUGCUAUGGGGCUGCGGACCCUCCCGUGCUGCGCUAUGGGGCUGCACCCACCUCCCCUCACUUCGGGGGCUCCUUCAAUGCCCGACCACAUCCAGAAAUCGGGAGAGAUGCGGCUGCUGACCCCCACCCGGAGCUGCUCCCCCCACCCCCACCACCUCGGGGCCGCCCCCGCUGCGGCUUUUGGAGCGGCGUUCGCCAAAUCCCGGCUUUAUUUUAGGACUUCUUCUUUUCUUUAGGACUUCUUUCAACCCGCUGAUAAACGAGACACUUUCUUCGAUAGACUGGUGAAGAUGCGGUUGUCUGUAUAUUUUUGGAUUAUAGUGAGCGAGUCCUUUGUAAA